AGUUAAUCUACAAAAACCUCUAAUAUGUUGUGCAUAAAAUAUGCAAUAAAUUCGACAUACAAUAUAGUAUCAUUAUUUAUUUAUUAUUUAAUCUACAAAACCCUAAUCGAAUGCAUACUGCCCCAUCUAUAUAAACCACCGAGCAAUUAGCCCUCUUUGCAAAGGGGCGGCUGAGCGAAACACAAAACCCUAAUUUCACAGACACAGAGUGAGUAGCAAUGGCGGUGCCAUUACUCGAUAAAAGGAUCAUCAAGAAGAGGGUGAAGAAAUUCAAGAGGACGCAGAGCGAUCGGUUCGUUUCUGUCAAGACAAACUGGCGUAGACCGAAGGGUAUUGAUUCCCGGGUCAGACGAAAGUUCAAGGGAUCCGUGUUGAUGCCCAACAUUGGGUAUGGAUCUGACAAGAAGACCCGCCAUUAUCUGCCCAAUGGUUUCAAGAAGUUCCUUGUUCACAAUGUUAAGGAGCUGGAGUUGCUCAUGAUGCACAACAGGAGAUACUGUGCUGAAAUUGCACACAACAUUUCCACAAGGAAGAGGAAGGAUAUCGUUGAACGUGCUGCUCAGCUUGAUGUCGUUGUUACCAACAAGCUUGCUCGUCUGCAAAGCCAAGAGGAUGAAUGAGCUCUUUAGGAAUAUGUUAUUCUGCAUUACGAUACUGAUCAAUGUAUUGCUUUGCUGAGUUUUGCUAGUUAGCUGUCACUUAACAUUGCGGUAUUUUUAUCUAUUUUUAUAUUUUCAUUUGGCAUUCUCUUGUUUGUAAAGGAUAUACUAGUUUUAGUAUUGCAUUCUGAAAGCUCCAGAGAUACCCAUAUUUGUUUA